UUUUAUGUUAGUCACUUGCCUUUGGUCCGUUGGUGUGUACCUUUGGUUUUGUUGCUUUUGCAGAUUGUUCUGUAGCUAUUUUUUUGUAAUUUGGCGUGACAAAGUUGAAACCCAUUUUAGUCGUUGAGUUUUGGAAAAUAUGGAAACUAUUUUAGAACAGCAAAGGCGAUACCACGAGGAGCGUGAGCGGUUAGUAGAUGCCAUGGUUAAAGAAAUGCUUCAUAAGAAAAUCAGUCAUCGUGAAGUGAUAAACUCUGAUUAUCGCUUGAAAUAUCUAAUAGAUCGGUAUCUAACGGGCACAGAAAGGCUGGUUGAAUUGUACGAAGACAGAGAUGGACACAGAAAAGCAGAAGUUGCCGCACUGACUGGACCGAACGAAUUUCAGGAAUUUUACAUGAGGCUAAAGCAAAUUAAAGAUUUUUACCGUAAACAUCCAAAUGAAAUUAGCAUUCCCAUGUCUGUAGAAUUUGAUGAAUUGGCAAAGGCGAGAGAGAACCCCACAGAUGAAUUAUCUAAUUUGGUUGACUUUUCCGACGAAGAAGGAUAUGGAAAAUUUUUGGACUUGCAUGAGUGUUAUGAAAAAUAUAUUAACCUGAAGGGCAUUGAGAAGGUGGACUAUAUCACCUAUUUGAGUAUGUUUGAACAGCUAUAUGACAUUCCAAAAGAACGAAAAACAGGGGAAUAUCGACGUUACCUUGUUAUGUUAAUUGAGUACUUGAGUUGGUUUGUGCAACGUGUGAAACCCCUAAUGGAUUUGGAAGCUGAUUUACAGACGGAAGUGGAUGCUGUUAUUAAUCAGUGGGAUAGUGGAACAGUUCCAGGGUGGCCUAAAGAAACAGGAUCUGCUUUGGCCAAUGUUGGAGCACAUUUGGAAUUGUCUGCAUUUAACAGUUGGGAAGAGUUGGCGUCGUUAGGCUUGGAUAGGUUAAAAUCGGCUUUGCUCGCUCUUGGAUUGAAAUGUGGAGGGACUCUUGAGGAACGAGCUCAGCGGCUAUGGGCUACAAAAGGUACAACAUCUUUGGAUCCAUCUUUAAUGGCCAAGAAUAAAAGUGGAAAGGCAAGUAAAGAAAGGGAACAAUUGAGACACAGAGAUCUCGCUUGCUUAGAGGCUCAAGUGUAUAGGUUAGCAGAAUUGGUUGCAAUGCAACGUGUAGCAACAAAAGAAAAUGUUCAGAGAAAACAAGCGCGCACUGACGGCGAGCGGGACGACAGUGAAAAUGAAGAAAGCGACGAAGAAAGUUUGGAAGAUGACACUGAUGAUGUUCCGUACAAUCCGAAAAAUCUACCCCUCGGUUGGGACGGAAAACCAAUACCAUACUGGUUAUAUAAACUACAUGGCUUAAAUAUUAACUACAAUUGUGAAAUUUGCGGAAAUUACAUUUACAAGGGACCAAAAGCUUUCCAAAGACAUUUUGCAGAAUGGCGACACGCUCACGGUAUGCGCUGCCUCGGAAUUCCGAACACUGCUCAUUUUGCCAACGUAACCCAAAUAGAGGAUGCUCUUGCAUUGUGGGAGAAACUGAAAGUUCAAAAACAGGCAGAAAGAUGGCAACCAGAAACAGAGGAAGAAUAUGAGGAUUCCCAAGGCAAUGUAGUUAAUCGUAAAACUUAUGAGGAUCUUAAAAGACAGGGUCUUCUUUAAAUUUAGUAUUACUAGUUUUAUUUUAUAAGCAAAGCUGGAUUAUUUUACAAUGCCAUGAUUAAUAAUAAUAAAGACAACAUAUAAUAAA